GAAAGUGUGUUGUGGAUACAAACGGAAGAGGGGAACCACCGAUGAGUACUGUUACCGUUUUUCCCUGUGAAUCCUUAUGAAAGGGAAAGAUCGGUAGAAUUUCAUUGUAAUGUUACCAUAAACAAAUUUUAGAAUCCUCUUUAAAUAUUGUAGAUAGCAUGACAAGGCAUUAGUUCCUCAUUUGGUCUUUUGAGCGAUUCACGGCUUUGAAAAUGGACGAGGAGGAAGAAGUGAAAACGGAAUACUGUUCCAAUUGUAAACGUGACAUCCCAGCUGCCAACUUUGUGAUGCAUGUCAAUCAUUGUCAGAGGAAUCUGAUGUUAUGUAAGGAAUGUGGGGAACCAAUACCCAUCUCACAGCAGGAAGAACAUUUUGAAGAAUACCAUGCCAAGGAACAAUGUGAAUGUGGUGAGCUUGUGGAGAAAAUAAAUCUUGAUGACCACAAGGAGAAAGAUUGUCCAAAUCGCAAAGUGGAGUGUGAAUAUUGUGAGUUAACUCUUCCUUUCAGUAAAAUGAGUUCUCAUGUGGAAUACUGUGGCAGCAGAACCCAAAAGUGUGAUGCAUGUCACAGGUUUAUUCAAAUAAAAGACUUUACUGAACAUGAAAACAGCGGGUGUCAAUACCCAAUCAAAGAGGAAAGUAAACAACUGCCACAGUCUAAGCCAAGACAUGAAAUUUUCAGUGGUGUACCCGUUGACAUGUUUAAUGGGAUGGGUGAAAUAGAUUCUUCAGACGCAGAGUACAGAUUUAAUCCAUUUCUUGCCGCUAUAAAUGGGUUUGGACAGAUCCUUACUUCAGGACUUGGAACUCCACCUUUUAGUGAUGCACAUAUGAAUCCUAGGGGAGGUGCAGCUCACUAUGGUUUUGACGAAAAUGGCAUGUUUGGAAAACAUGGUGUUGUUUCUCGAGGAGCCAGCAAAGGACAAGGUUCCCAAAAUCCAGAAGCCGAUCAUCGUAACUUUCAAGAUUUUGAUGAGAUCAAUGAUGAAUAUGCAGUGCACGUUGAUGAUGAUGAAAUUCUUGCAGCAGCCUAUCAAGCUGAUGAGUUUGGAUACGUUGAUGGAGACAGUGAGUGGAUGUCUGCGGCAGAGGUUGACAAGCAUGUUCCAUACACAAAGUCUACAUUACUGCCUGAUUCAGACAAUCUAGAUAAAACACAGCUGCCCUGUGAGUUUUGUGGUAACUUAUUUUCAGUGGAGUCCCUCAUACUUCAUCAGAGUGGUUGUCAGUUGAGAUCACUGGAUUCAAUAUCUGGCGUUGCUCCACCUUUUGGCGGUAACCGUAGGAACAGGCAUUACCUGCCUCAAUAUGAUGACUCAGUGUAUGCUGGGGUAGAGAGAAGGAACUCCUUUGAAAGGGAAUUACAAAAUAAUCGCACAGAGCUUGACAAGAGUGGAAGGAAAUGUCCAGAAGAUGACACACUUUUGCCCUGUGAGUUCUGCCAAGAGUUGUUUCCAUUUGACAACCUUAUUUUACAUCAGGCUGUUUGUGACGCAGGUCCAGCAAGCCGUGCUCCUUCGACAUUACCCCCUCUCAACAACUCAGCGUUAUUCGAUGGCUCGACACAAGGACCUCUUCCGAGCAAAACUAGGCCAAUUGUAAGAAUUGGUUCUAAAAGUCGCCCCAGUAGACCGGUGUACGAAUCGAAGAGAAGAAGCCCAAAGUCCUGGGACGAUUUUAUUCCAGGCGAUCUCGACAGCAGAGAGUUGACGCCUGAAAACUCCAGCCCUAAAGUGAAUUUUACGCCGGAUGACGGCAGGGUGCCAGGAAGAGAUGUGAGGCAUAAGUCUGAGAAAUAUAAUGAUCGAACAAGAGAACCAGACAACGUUCCAAUGAAUAACGCGCUCAAAAGACCAGAGCGCAAGACGAGAGAAUCUCGUCCCAUACGCGGUCAGCCGGUGUUAAGAAAUAACGACUUGGUUACAAACAAACCUCCAAGGGACUUAGUGCAUCAUGGUAAAGAUCGAAUGGUUCACAGCAAGGAGCUAAAAAGACAGCCUGAAUCGAGAAGCGAUGCCAGCACAUUCCACAAGACAUCUGCAGCGAGAUUGCGAGAGGAUGACUCGUAUCUGGGAAAAACAAAUUCAGGAUCCAAGAGUAGUUUGACGACAGAAGUGACAAAACCUCCUGCGGUUCGGCAGAUUGAAAUCACGGCUCACGUGAAAUCCCGUCAAGCAGGAACGGUUAAUGAAAGGAGAAGGAGACAUUUUGAACACAAAAUGGGUAUUCAAAACCACAGAUCCGAAGAAACACGGAGUAAACUGCGACCUACUGACACAAGCUCGUCCGCCUCGCGAGUAUCUACCUCCGUCAGCAAUAGAACCAAACCUACCGGGCAACUACCACAAUUUAAUCAGCCUUCAUUCAGUGUUACUGGCUCAUCAGCUCAAUCAUCGUCUUCCUACUCACGUAGAAACCCACCAGCAAUUCAUUUACCAGAGCGAGAAAUUCGCCCCAAUAGGGGAAAACCACGCUCUCAAGGACAUCCGGAAUCUGUUCGACCAAGUAAUACCCCAGCUUCCACGGCGCCGAGGAAAUCUUCUUCGACGAGAAAGAAAAUAGUGUGAUGGCCUGGAUUAAGCUCCAUUUGAAAUUGAAUAUAGACAACAUUGUGAUACAAAACUUUUAAUGUUGAGUAUUGUGUUUCGUCUCGUUCGCUUCACAAGGUGGUUAACAAUCCAUCAGUGUCAUUUACAAGUCAACUCUGAAUCGAAAUGCUUCUGCCCUUUCGAUUUAAUUACGAUUUUUCAUAACGAUUCAAUGUUCAUUGGGAUAUUUUUUUUUUUACUGCAGCUUUCUCUUCAGGGCGAGGACGAAUAUCUUUUUCCAGUCACUUAUUAUAAUUUGCGAACCUUUCUUCUCACAACUGUUCGUUCAUAUUAUGAUUAAUACGAUACGGGAUUAUUUAGCACAACCAAACACUAUGGGGUGUGUGUGUGUGUGUCUCUUUGAUGAUGCUACUGGUAUUCACCGGCUCAUAACUAACACGUGACCAGUUCAUGGAAUUUUGAAGCUCAGUGGCUAAAGUCGCCAAACUGAAAUACAGUGAAACCCGUGUUAAGUGGACCUCGUAUUCAUCGCCACACUUAGGGAUUUUAUAGGCUGAUCGCUUAUUAAAAUCGUCAGGUAUGCUUAGUAAUGCGGUUUUCUCCGAUCGCCGAAAUCGGUGCAUGUAAUUACCGAUGUCUGCCAUGCAAAAUAUCGGCGAUUUUUGCUGGCGAACAUAUUCGCUGCGAUCAGCGUCAUGAGAAAUUUGUGGCUAAUUUUUAUGCGCUCACGAUUUGGUGUUGCAUUUUUUUUAACUUCUGAAGCGGUUAUUUCGGGACUUGGGUGUUUAUGUAUCCACCCGAGAAAGUCAGACUCGAAAAGUUUCUCGAUGGUGAAUCAUCUUGCAAAUUACAGAGCCUGUCUUCCGCGGUCACCACUCGUAAGUGAGUCUCGCGAGUGAGUCCCGCGAGUGUCCGCUUAUUUCAAGUUUCACUGUAAUUUAUGGCGCAUUGUUUGUUAUUGAUAAUUGUACAAUUUUUUUUAAGAGGGUUGGGGGUCUGGUAAUGUUGAAACGAAAAAAAGGGAAAAUGGUUCCCGCACAAAGUGCAGAAUUUUAAGGCUUGUUUCGACCGCUUUGAGCAAUUCUGAUGUAUAAAAGCCUACAAUAAUUACCUUUUGUAUAAGUGACGUCAAACUCAUUAAAAAACCUUCGCAUUCGAUGCAGGUAUUUUUUGAUUGAAGUGUUUCCAUCAACCAAGCUAGGUUUUGGUGGAAAACACGAUUCAUAUUUCUUUGUAAUAAGAAAAGACAAAGUAGGUUGUUUAGUCCGAAGGAACACGUACAGAGUACGCUACAGAAUUCCUGUAGUAUUUCUGUACUCUCUUUGUAGUUGUUAGCGUGCUAAUGAUAAUUAAAAACUUUUUGAAAUAAAUUCUUAGAA